AUGUUUAUGCUCCGCAAUGUGGGAAAAAUGAUCUUUGGUGAUACUUCCAAAGAAUCAAUCAUCGAAAUUCCCCAGGGUCAACUGUAUCUGGUCCGCCCGCUGUCUCCCAAGGGCUUCUCCGAGCUCAUCUUCAAGGACGCCGCUGCGACCAUCCGCCGGACUGGCCAGGAAUACCAAUACCAACUUGUGAUUCAGAGAGCCUACGAAGAAGGCGAGGAGGAUCUUGCGGAGGACGAGGACGAGCAAGGUGCUGGGGAUAUUCUGGACAAAGACGAGAAGGUUUUCUUGCUGGACCAGAGCCUGCACUUCCGCUCCGAAGUCCGUGAGGGUGGUACCAAGAUUCUUGCAUGGGAUGAUCUCAGUGGUGACGAGGGCGACCUCUUUGAGUUCAUCUGUGACCCUUCGGUUGCAUCUGAGAAAGUUGCGACUUUCGAGAUUGCUGCUCUGCAAUGUCAGUACGAGCGCAAGUUCCGGCGCCCAGGCCAGCAAGCGACCGAGGCAGAGCUGCAGGAAUUCUCCUACCAAGAGGAAAAGCCCAUUCCCUCUGCCAGCCCUCUCGCAUCCCCAACGAUGAAGUCGCCGACAUCUGGAGACUCAGCUGCCGCGAUGGCGGAAGAAGUCAAAUAUGCCCAAUCCAAGGGCAAGGGCAAGGGCAAGGGCAAGCCAGAUGAAAUCUACGAAACUCCUACGGCUGCCCCGCCGUCUACCCCUGCGCCCGAGAGCAAGGAACAACUUGCGAAGGAGACUGCCGAGCUCCAUCUCUAUGAUUUCUCCACCGGAACGUUUAUUAUGCAAGAUGACGGCGUGGUCGCAACUGUGUCAGAAGUUGGCAGCUGGCAGUAUUGGCUGCAGAUCAGCGGCAACGACAAGGACUGGAUGGGUCAAGCCGUUGUCGCAGAUAUCAAUCCGGUCUUCAACUUUGAAUACAUUUCAUUCAUCUUCAAUCAGUUUGCUCAAGAUGGCUCGGUUUACUCUUGGCUGCUUCGCUUCAAGGACCAGGCCUCUCUGGAGCGUUUUCAGCAAGGUAUCAUGCAGGCCCUGUGGGAACAGCUCAACGAGCUGAAGUGGACCAAGGCCAAGGAAUCUGACCGCGAUUACGUUCUUGAGGCAUUCCAAGAUCUCACUAUGGAGGAUGCACCCGAUAUGCCCGAGGAGGAAGAGGAAGAGGCAGAGUCCGAGGAUGAGUCCCAAGAUGAUGGCCAGCGCAGCGAGCACUACGACAGUGACGAGGAGGAAGAGGAUGUUCAGCUUAAGGAUGCAGAUGGCAACGUGAACUCUCAGCUGGCCGUAGGCUUCAAGAACGACCGUUCGUUUGUUGUUCGUGGCUCGAAGAUCGGUGUCUUCAAGCACACCACCAACAACAACCUUGAGUUCUCUACCAAUAUUUCCAAGGUGGAGACACCCAAGGGCAAGCUCUUCAGUCCUAAGAAAGUCAUGCUUCAUGCAGAGGACCGCAACUUGAUUCUCCAGAAUGGGGAUGACCCCAACUCCCUCUUCCGGAUGGAUAUUGAAACCGGCAAGGUUGUCGAUGAGUGGAAGGUUCACGACGACAUUAAGGUGGAAACCUUUGGUCCUGAGAGCAAAUUCUCUCAACUGACUGCAGCCCAACCAUUCGUCGGCGCGUCCUCCAAUGCUUUGUACCGCAUUGACCCCCGUGUCUCCGGCAACAAGAUGGUCGACGCGGAUCUGAAGCAAUAUGCUAGCAAGAACGACUUCUCCGCUCUGGCCACAACUGAGAAGGGCUACAUUGCUGUUGCAUCGAACAAGGGUGACAUCCGCAUGUUCGACCGCCUCGGCAUCAACGCCAAGACGCACAUCCCUGCCCUUGGUGAAGCCAUAAUCGGUCUGGAUGUAUCUGCGGAUGGACGCUGGGUGCUUGCGACAUGCCGCACCUAUCUCCUCCUGAUUGAUGCUGAGCAGAAGGACGGAAAGAACGAAGGCAAACUUGGGUUCGAGAAGCCUUUCUCCAAGGACUCGAAGCCUCAGCCUCGCCGUCUUGGCCUGCAGCCCGCCCAUGUCGCACAAUUCCAGCACGAGACCAAGCAGCCGCUGUCCUUCACCCAAGCGCGCUUCAACACCGGUGUGGACUCCGAGGAAACGUCCAUCAUCACCUCCACCGGCCCCUUCAUCAUCACCUGGAGCAUGAAGAAGGUCCUUGCUGGCCGCAAGGACCCGUACACCAUCAAGCGCUACGAGGAGAACGUCAUGGCCGACAACUUCCGAUUCAACUCCGACAAGAACGUCAUCGUUGCCCUCCCCAACGAGGUCAACAUGGUCGCCAAGCGCAGCUUCCAGAAGCCCACUCGCGAGAGUAUCGCUGGACCCGUGACUCCCGCCCGCAAGAGCGGCGGCAGAUGGAGCAACCUCAGGAAGGAGGAUAUUGUCAACUCGCCAUACUAG